CAAUCACAGGCCAAAGCGCCUCUAGUGUCAUGGCCUUUUCCUGUUCACGCUCAAUCUAACGAAGACGUGAACAUAAACCAUGGCCGACAUGGAAACGUUCGAUGAUGUGGUACCCACCACGGCGACUUUACCAGUGACACUUUCUGCAGAAUUGCCAGAAAUUAAGUUGUUCGGUCGUUGGAAUUGCGACGAUGUGCAAGUCAACGAUAUGUCGCUACAAGAUUAUAUCGCAGUCAAAGAGAAGAACGCAAAGUAUCUUCCACAUUCAGCUGGGCGUUACGCGGCAAAACGAUUUCGAAAAGCUCAGUGUCCUAUAGUGGAACGUCUCACAAAUUCUUUGAUGAUGCACGGUAGGAACAAUGGCAAAAAGCUAAUGGCUGUGCGUAUCGUAAAACAUGCCUUUGAAAUAAUUCACCUCCUGACGGGUGAAAAUCCUUUGCAGAUUCUCGUGACUGCUAUUAUCAACUCAGGGCCUAGGGAAGAUUCCACGCGUAUCGGUCGAGCUGGUACGGUCAGAAGGCAGGCGGUGGACGUAUCUCCGUUGCGACGCGUGAAUCAAGCGAUCUGGUUAUUGUGUACCGGUGCUAGGGAAGCCGCAUUCCGUAAUAUUAAAACAAUCGCGGAAUGCUUAGCCGAUGAACUCAUUAAUGCUGCCAAAGGCUCGUCCAAUUCAUACGCGAUCAAAAAGAAGGAUGAACUCGAGCGUGUUGCUAAAUCUAAUCGAUAAACACCUCUACUUGUGAAAACGUACAAAUAAAUGUUUUAUCUUUAAA